UACUAUUGAUAACCUAUUUAAAAAAUCUGGUCCAAGGCUAGUUUUUAAAAAGCAAUUUGCCAUUUUUUUAAGCGAAAGUUUGCAGGGGCCUCAUAUUGAAACUUACUCUACGCCUAUUUUGAAUGUGACCAACAGUGAUACCACUAGCAUUAGUGACAUAUCUUCCAUAGCUAACAUGAUAGUAAUCCCGGCUAAUGACCUACAAGGAAGUCUCAUUAAUACAUCUACUACAAGUUACCAUCACGAUAUUACUGAUAGUUACGAUAUGUUCCAACCAAGCACUUCUAAAAAAACAAGAAGCGAAGAUUCUUUCUUAUUUCCUUCGACUUUGGAAAAUUUAUUGAAAAUGCAUGUGGACGGAAAAAUUAUCAUGGCACACAAACAUAAACUCAAUAACGAUGAUCGACAAAAAUUGGCAAAAAUAGUUGUCAAUCAAAUCAUAUCCACACACAACUAUGCUGAAAUAAGGGCGGACACGUUUUUGGAGGCUGCCAAAGAAAUUAUUAACUUGUUUCCAACCGAAAAAAUUGAAACGUAUUACAUUCCCUACUCCCCGCCAAAAGGAUCUUUAAGAAGGCAACCUGCCCGCGGAAAGCUGUGGUCCAGAUAUGUAAACGUCCGUGCAGCGUUAAGGUUGGCGGACAAAUAUAAAGUGACAGAUGAAAAUAAGGAGAACCUUGUACUAGAAGAAGAAAACGACAAAUAUGAACAUGAUUUAGCAUUCCUAAAAGUUGCAGUGGAACCCCAGCAAAGAGUUGCUCAGUGUUGGGAAUCAACAUUCCGUAUUAGGCAAAAACGAUACAAAAGUGAACCCAUAGAAACAUAUUUUGAAGCAUUUCCUUCUUUAAAACUCCAAUUCGGAAUUGAGCUGUUGGAGAUUGACUUUAAUACUUUACAUCCAAAUAAAGCGAACAUCAUUUACGAAAAUUGGCCAAGUGUUUCAAAAGCAAUAUUAUCCGAAGCUAAAGAACGAAAAAUUAUUAUUGAAGAAAGAAACGAAGAUUUGUCAACAAGUGCACUUCUAUGCUUGCCAUAUUUAUUUUCCCCAACUACUGUAAAAAAUAGUAGUAAAAAUAAAAUUGGGAACUGGCGUCCAAGCCGACUUGAAGUUCAGCAUAGUUUUUUCUUCUGUACUAAAAAUUUAUUGGAAUUAGAAGAAAUAGUAGACGCGAGACAGCAUAAGUUAGAAAAAUAUCAACUUCCUUUACAGCCUUUUGGUGUGGCAGUGGGGGAUGUGGGACAAGAAAGUUAUUACGUGUAUAACCAAAAUAUUAAGUAUAAGUUAGAGUCUAGCAUUAGAUGCCUAGAAUUAUUAUACAAACUGUUUCAUGCACUUAACCUAAAUUAUCCUGCAGAAAGCAAAUCUAUUUGGCAAUUUAUCGAAGAAGUGGUUUAUGGGAUGCCUGUCACGGGUAAAACAAGUAGUGCUGCUUCAGCAAUAGCUGAUAUUAAUUAUCACCUUAAAUUGUAACUACCUAUACCUACUUUCGUAAGUUUAUUAGUUUAACUAUAAUCAAUGGUUUAACCAUUGGUUUAACGCUACUGAAUAACUUAUGUUUUGAUUAUCACAAUGGUCAUUUGUGGUUUGUGCUUGGAAAAUUACGGAAAUGUUAAGUCAUUAGUUACUCAUCUUAAAAUAAUACAUAAUCUUAAACCGAAUGAUACAUACAACUGCGUUGAACCUAAAUGCUUCAGAAAUUUUAGUUCUUUAAAUUCCUUUAGGAAACACAUUAAAACUCAUGAAAAUAUUAACUCUCAGCUCACUCGUAAAUCACUGCCGGAUGUUACUACAAAUAGUACAAACUUGCCUGACAAUAACUCUACACAUAGUACAGUUUGUAUUGAUGAAGACACUAAAACAGUGGUGUCGAAUGAAAGUGAAAUCCCACGUUCAAUUAUUGAUAACAACUUUUACAAAUCGUUAAUCGAAAACCGUGUUGUUAGUUUUAUCGCUAAUAUGUAUGCAAUGAAUAAUCUUACCCGAAAAGACGUACAAGUAAUAAUAAAUUACAUUAAAGAUUUAUUUGGCGAACCUUUAGAAGUUUUGAAAAUUGAUAUUUUACAGAUUCUAAAAAAUAGUACUCAAAUAAGGCUAGAAGACAGUGAAAGAAUUGCUUUAUAUUUUGAGCAAUUAAAGAGCUUAUUUUCUGGUUUAGAUUCAGAUUAUUUACGUCUGAAACACUUCAAAGAUUCUCAUUUCUACAUUCCUCCUAUUCAGUGUAUUAUUGGCCAACGAGAAACCACAAGAAACAAUGCUAUAUAUGCACAAAGUAAUGUAAGCCAAUUUAUUGAACUAUCAAAAAUCCUAAAACUUUUUUUUGAGUUACCAAACGUUUUAAAACAAACUUUAGAACAUUUAAACAUUUUGAAAAGCAGUAGAUUUUAUCAAAACAUAUACCAAUCAGAAUUUUGGAAAAACAAAAUUAAUCAUAUACAUUUACAAGAUAAUGAUAUCAUUUUGCCCUUGUAUAUAUAUUUCGACGAUUAUGAAAGUGGAAAUCCUCUUGGGUCACAUGCAGGCAUACAUAAAAUCUCUUCUAUAUAUUGUUCAGUUCCAGUAUUACCUACCUCAAAAAUAUCAAUCUCAGUUAGCGAAUAUUUUUCUGUUUUCAUUAUUUCAUAGCUCUGAUUUAAAGGAAUUUGGACAUCAAGUUAUAUUUUCUAAAUUGGUGGAAGAAUGCAAUAAGUUAUUGUCGGAUGGAAUUCGUCUUAAAAAUUUUAACACACAGACAAACAUAUAUUUUUGUGUUGCGUUAAUAUUGGGAGAUAAUUUAGGUCUAAACACAAUAUUGGGAUAUACAGAAUCUUUUCGAGCAAGUUUUUAUUGUCGAUUUUGUAAAUGUAAUAAAACUGUUUUGGAAUCUCAACUGACAGAAGAUGCUAAUAUGUUAAAAUCUAAAUUAAACUAUGAAAAUGACCUUGAAACUGGAAAUACUACCUUAACCGGAAUGAAGCAAAGGUGUGUUUGGAAUAAUGUAGUCACAUUUCAUGCAACAGACAAUUUGUCAGUAGAUAUUGCGCAUGACAUAUUCGAAGGAGUCGGGUCAUUUGAUAUUUGUGAACUGUUGCAUCGUUUUAUUAUUGUUGAUAAAAUAUUUACAUUAGACAUUCUAAACAAGCGUAUAAAGUACUUUAAUUAUGGAAAUCAAAAUAUAAAUAAACCCCCAUUAAUUUCAUACGAACAUUUAAAAAAGAAAAAGCUUCAUAUGAGUUGCGCAGAAAUGAAAUGCUUUAUUCUUCUAUUUGGAUCUAUUGUAGGUCCGCUUGUGACCAAUAACAAAUAUUGGGAACUUUACAUACUACUGCGAAAAAUUUUAGAUAUUGUACUUUCUCAGGAAUUUUUAUAUUCUUCUUUACAAAUUACGUGCAACUAUCUUCAAGAAUUAAUUUCAAACCACCAUCAAUUAUAUAUGGAGUUGUUUAAUUUACCCCUUAAACCAAAACAUCACUUCUUGGUACACUACCCAAGAGUGCUAAAAACUGUAGGGCCACUGUCAAAAUUAUCUACCCUAAGAUUUGAGUCUAAACAUCGCGAAUUUAAAAAAACUGCUGUUGGAGUAGCUUCUCGUGUAAAUAUUACGUACACUGUUGCAAUAAAACAUCAACUCAAAUUGUGUGCAACAUUUAUGGAAGAAAAAGGAUUUAUGAACUAUCCUCAAAUCGAAUUAA